GGACGCGUAACCAACACUGAAAAGGCUCACUCUAUCCUCAUCCUCUUUAUCUUCUUCAAUUAUUUACCCGUUCUCUUUUGCCAAAACCUCCAAGGAGACCAGCUCUUCUUUUUCUCUCCUGUGAUCCUUCCUAUUAGCCUCCAAAGUCCUCGCCUUUGAUCGCCCGUUUCCUUGAUUUGCAAGCAUCGAUGGAUUAUUCAGAUUCCCACAACAAACCAAACACCAACCUCCAAGAACACGACCCUCAGAAGCACCGCCAACCAUCCAACAGUGAGCUCAUGGCCAGCGCCAAGCUGGUGGCGGAGGCCGCCCAAUCCACUCUGAGCCAGGAGAACGACAAGGUUGACAAGGGCAGGGUUGCUGGUGCCGCUGAAGACCUUCUAGACGCUGCCUCUCGCUACGGAAAGUUGGAAGAAAAGAGCUAUGGCAAUUAUGUGGAAAAGGCGGAGACUUAUCUCCACCAGUACCACUCCUCCCAUUCCUCCACCACUUCCACUGAUUCCGGUCACUCUGCAACCCAAACUGCAGACUCAGCACCACCGAGUGGUGAUGAUGGCCAAUCUGGAAGUGGUUAUGGGGAUUACCUCAAGAUGGCUGAAGGUUUCUUGAAGAAACGUUGAUUCCGACAGCUGCUUUGCUGCAUCUUUCUGCUGUUUUUCCUUUUUCUCGUUUAUGUGCUGUAUAAUGUGGUCUGUAUCUCUGCUUUGUGGGUUUAGCGUGUGGAAUGUAAUGUGGUCUGUAUCUCUGCUUUGUGGGUUAGUCAAUCUGUUCCAGAAUCAUUGAAAAAAAGUACUUGGCAAUUUGGUAUUA